AUACACCGCCGGCACCGGAGAAAGUUUUUCUCUGCUGUUGAAGGUGGACAGCCCAACAAAAGAGUUUGCCAACACCGUUCCACCACACCAUGGCCGGUAUAAUAUCGUACGGAAAUCGGAAACGGAAAACGGAUUGUUGUAGCCGUCCAAAGCAGUCACACGCUAGCGGCAACGGUGGCAAACGGAAGCAGCACUCGAAAAAGGGCCGUCAGUCGCGCCGGCAACGUGGUAGAAGAAAACGGAGAGGCAGUGAAAAUCAACGAAGAUUGCCGAACCAUGCCGAAGUGAGGAUGCGACUUCAAACCGGCGACCGAGCUAGCGAUGCGCUUUCGAACUCGAAAAAACGGUCAAACAACGGCGUUCAAACUUCCAUUUUCGAACUCGUUGACAAGACGUUUGACACGAAACUAUGGGAUCACGCUGGUGUGUCGGCGGACACAUUUUUAACAGCAAAUAAACAAGACGUCGUGAAUGGUGCAGCUGGCGGUGGUGGUAGUGUCGUCGUUGGUGCAAGUAUUAUGUGCGAAAAUAACUCCGGCCCGGGCCCUGGCACGGGUGGACGGAAGCGGGGCCACCAGCAUCAUCCCCGCUUUGGCGGCACACGGCAAUCUACUGUUCCGGCGGAGGAUGUGAUAGCUGCCCUGCGCGGUGCCUUCGACUGUGGCACCAACUCACUGUCCUCGUCUUCACUCUCAUCUUCCGCAUCGUCCCUGAACGUGUCGAUUUCGGGUAGUGGUGGUGGUGGUGGUGGUUGUGGCAGUGACAGAGUAGUGACUGGUAGUGAUGGUACCAGCAGCAACAACAACAACAACCCUCUGGUCACGGAGAGGAGCACGAUUGCUAAGCAGUCGGAUGAUAACGAUGCAGAACUGUUGGAUGAAUAUGAUAUAGCGGCAGCAACAGCAGCAACAGCUGACAUUGUAAAUAGUAAUAUCGAGAACAACAACAUCACAGCCCUCGGUGUACGGUGGAGUGUAGAGCCAAGUAAGGAAAACACACCGGAACCGGAGCAGGACCUACUAAACAACAAUCGCAGCAUUAGCAGCAGCAACCGUAGCAGCGUUAGUCCAAAAAAUGUGAUACCACUAGAUGAGGUGGCCGACACCGAUGGGAGACCGCUUCCAGCAGAACCGGUCUCCCGCACAACGGAACCAGACGACGAGGAGAGCAUAGAGCUGAAGCUGGAUCAGAUCACAAGCGGGAAGGAGCUGGUACAGCAAAUCAACAAGAAGCUGAAGCGUAGCAAACGGAGCCCACAGUCGGACGACACUGCUGGUACACCGGCCAGCGGGAAAAAGAAGUCAUCUUCCAGCAGCAAAAAAUCCUCUACGAAGACGGGCAGCACUGGAGCAGAUGGAGGGAAGCGGAAAAAAUCGAAGUCAUCUGCAGCGGCCGCGGCAGCAGCAGCAGCAGCAGCGUUGGAGCAGCGAGCAUCGGGGGAUGGAGCAUCGUGCGAUCUGGACGCUGUGAUCGGAGGGCUUUUAGGGGCGGCUGAGUACGGUGGCGGUAUGGCGCGCGAUGGCAGUAAGGAGCAGCUGAACGACGAGAACGAUCCGGACGUGGCGGAAUGGGCGAAGCUGCGAUGUACCAGCGAACGGACCGAGGUUAUUGCGGAACGGGAACAUCGAAGGCAGAAGCGCUGUGCCGACUAUCCGGGGUUGGCAUUUGGGCGGUCCAUCUUUAGCUCCGAUACCAUGAUGAAGUUUAACAUCAUUCGGAACGAGCUGCACAACAUCAUGAAAACGCAGCUGAAGCGGGCCGAAUCGGAAGUUGCCGCUCUGAACCGUCGUAUUCAGCUGCUGGAGGAGGAUCUCGAACGUUCGGAAGAACGUUUGGCAUCCGCCACCGCUAAGCUGUCAGAGGCUUCGGCCGCUGCCGACGAGAGCGAACGCGCUCGCAAGGUUCUUGAGAACCGUGCCCUGGCCGAUGAGGAGCGCAUGGACGCCCUUGAGAACCAGCUGAAGGAGGCCCGCUUCAUGGCUGAGGAAGCCGAUAAGAAAUACGAUGAGGUCGCCCGUAAAUUGGCCAUGGUUGAGGCGGAUCUUGAGCGUGCUGAAGAGCGCGCCGAAGCCGGUGAAGCCAAGAUUGUCGAGCUUGAGGAGGAACUGCGCGUGGUCGGUAACAACCUGAAGUCGCUGGAAGUCUCGGAAGAAAAGGCAACGCAACGAGAGGAAUCGUACGGUGGCCAAGUGAGAGUGUUGGAUCAACGUCUCAAGGAGGCUGAGGCCCGCGCUGAAUUCGCUGAACGUUCCGUUCAGAAGUUGCAGAAGGAAGUCGACAGACUCGAAGACGAGUUGACGGUCGAGCGUGCCAAGAACAAAAUGCUGCAGGAGGAGAUGGAAGCGACCCUGCACGACAUCCAGAACAUGUAAAGCGAAUGCGUCGGCCUUUUGCAAAUGGCAAAUGCGGCAAAUCCGGUGGCUGCCGUUAUAAGAAUGAUGGGUGAUGCCACCAAAAUACCCAACUGCGCGCACACCCGCGGUAUCCUUGUGGUGUUUAGAAGGAAUGGAAAAAAGCAAACCAGGAUCGAGAUGUAUUUAAAAAAAAAACAAAACAAAACGUGGUUUAUGUUGUGAGGAAAAGGGAAGGAGAAGAAUAUUUGUAGAACCGUACCGGGUGGGAAACUGAUGUAUUAUUGGCAAGCCGGAAACGCUAAAAAUGCGAUGCGCAUAGAUUUACAUAUGGCAAAACAGCCCUUCACAGACGACAACAACAAAACCACACGAAUGUAAUAAUUUUACAAAACCCACAAACACAUAUACGCAUUUCUGUACACAUGCCACCAUUUUUAAGGGGUUUGAAUUUUUAACCCCAUUCUCCAUUCAUUUAAUAAAUUAAAACCGCUCAUCGCCUACAGUAUAUAGGGAUGUAGGAGAAGAAGAUCUUGUGGCACACGGGAAGGAACACGAGUAAUCAAAUAUGGAAGAUGAUCAGGAGAUCAGUGCGUGGAUCAUGAAGAAUUAAGGAAAAGGAUAACAACCGAAACACUAAGCAAGAGAAAGACAGUAAAAGGAGUAUAGUAGAUUUGCCGUUUUAAACAAUAUACGCACAAGAAAACGUUACAUUAUAUGAAAGUGUCCUGUAGGACAGCUAAGCCUUUUGUUAAUGUUGCAAAAAAAAACACACACGUCGGUGCAAAUGGAUCAAAACACGAAGUAAAACCGAUCGAUUUAUAUGGGCCACGAUCGAUUUAAUGCAAUUGUAAAAAAACACGGAAGUUUAAUUUUCAAUAAGUUUUGAUUAUCGUUAGUCACAAGCACACAUACACACAAACGGUUGAAGAUGAGCGAAUACGAGUAGAGUCGUGUCAUGUUUUAAGUUUUUUUUUGUUUGUUGCAUUUUAGAGAUUGAUUUGUGGGCUGUAUGGUGGCACCACACCCUGUGCCACAUGUGCACCGUAGGAGCAAUAGAUAACGUAUGUGGGUGUGUGGGUGUAUUUUUUAAACUAGCAUAAAUGCGUUGUAAAGCAAAAGCAAGAUAUGUAAAAGACAGACUUUUCCGUAUAGGAUAGUUUCCAAUUUGUUGAAGGUUCUAUGAUCUUCCAUUCCCAUUCCCGGCGCGCGUUACGCGGAAUUUGUGCCGUUGUUUUUUUUAUUUUGAUUUUAAAUCCACACUCCGAGAUAGACCGACAGUACAUUCCAACGAUGGCAUUCCGGAAAUAAAGUUAGUUUUGAAAAAUCUUUUGAAACAAACAUACAAAAGGAAUAUGCAUUGUACAUUUAAGAGGAGAUUCAUUCGUUCCAGAGCAGGUGUGCAGUAGUAGUAAUAGUAGUAGUAAAAACUGAAAAAUGCUUUUAAAGCUCCAAUGUCGUAUCGCUUUGGGGCGUCAUAUUACACCUUAAUAUGUUUUUCGUACGAAGAUUAUACUUCUACUACUUGUUUUCACAUAUGCUACGGCAGGCUCCUAUUUCAACAAUUUUAUAUGUGCCCUUUUCAAACAAUAGUAAACGUACGCGUUGGUUGAUUGUUCUCCUUUAUCGCUUUACAAUGUUGUUUUAGCUCUUGCGCAUCCUCAUUCCCUAUCCGUAUCUGCUGAACCAACAGCUGUGCACGUACGCAAGCAGGACGAAAUCGCGGUAACGAGUACUAGAAGUAGACCGUCACGUCAUAAACAGUAUGUUGCAUGUUUGGAGUGGAUCCGCCGGUGGUGGUCCCGCCGGUAACGGUCGAUCGUUCUCUUUUCCGGCCAUCGAUAGUUAACCUACAGUAAAAAAAAAGACAAAUAGAAGCCUAGUUUCCCAUUUCUCUCGCCCUAGUAGAACGUCGCAUAAAACGAUCGAAUGUACACAGCGUCAAUGAGAAUGACAAUGUGCAAGAAUAUUGAUGUAAGGCAGAGGGUCCAAUUUGGAGUGCAAAAUUUGAUCGUUAAAGUAAUCAACAUCUCACGAUUUUGCGUGUACCGGCAGAUAUUCAAAAGGAAUGCGCGAAUGCCAGCAAAAGACCGUUAAAACGUGCCUUUAGGAGUUUCAAUUUUCUUAUACCUUCAAUGCUAGUUUAGAUGGUAAGCUUACGCGAAAGGACGAUCGAAAGAAUAUGUGUGUGCGUGUGUAAUUUUUCCGAUCAUAGGACGAAACAGGUCCGCUCCAAAAAAAACACACACAUAAUUAACAUGAUCACACGUCGAUACACGAAAACACACCGAAUACACUCCCUUUUAAGAAAAAAAAACAAAACAACGCACACACACACACGACUACCACAUACACCAAGUCGAACGCAGGUUUAAUGUGGGGGGAAAAAACAGCGCGAGAAAAAACCCCUUUAUUGUAUUUGAGUGUUUAUAAUAUAUUAUUUUAUCGUAAAUCGAGUAAAAAACCCCACAACUCUUGUA